ACUGAGAGACGACGGCGCAGCACAGCGUAGAGAUGAAGCCGAGGCAGAGACGGUCAGAAGAGGAGGAGGAGAGGAGAGAGAAAGAAAGAAAGGGGGAGGGAGAGGAGAGAAAGAGCGUGACUGAAAUGGAGAGAAUGGUGCACGAGAGACAGAGGAAGCUGUGAGCAAAAGAGAAAGAAAGAAAGAAGGCGGCGGCGACGAAAACAACGGUAUGUGCAAGAGAGGGAAGGGAAAAGGGAAGGCAAAAUUUUUAAUAUAAAAAACGUGCGCCACACAGGAAAGCUAAAACACAGAUUUUAGCAUCACGAAGCCGAGAAGCUCCGUCCAGCAUCAGGAGGAAGAGAAAGAAAACGAUGAUGACGAUGAUGAAUAUAAAGAACACAGUGAUGAAAAGAAGGCGGCCGCACUGACGUCCAACGACGUCCACCGACUCCUCGUCUACUGAAGAGAUACUCUACUGGGUUUUGGAGGGUUUUGAGAGGCGCAACAGAGCCAAGAAAGAACUGAUAAAAGGAUAAAAGGGAGGAGGAGAGGAGGAGAUAACCCCAUGCUCAGCCAAAAAGCAACGGAAAACAGAUAAGCUACGCAAAUUCUGCAUCAAAACGAUGGAUCCUCAGCACGCCCCGAGCUGCCCACAUGUGGCAGUAACAGUCAUGAGCCCUGGUACCAAAUGUGGCGUUAUUACCUGCCGCCAGUCCUCAGGGUGAGAAGAUCUCACCGCAGUGGCUGAUUCAUCCCUCACCCGGACGCUUUUUAUUAAAGCAUCAGGACCCGAGCAGGAGAGUCAUGCAGUGGAAGCGGAGGCACUGCUAUACGAAGAUCGCUGGGUUUCUAGUUAUUCUAUUUUUUGCGGUUGUGUUACUCGUUUGCUAUCAACACAACCUACUGCCAGGGAAGAAGAGCCACCAGGACAGCGGUGUAACGCACACCUCGCCGAGGCUUCAACCUCGCAGGACUGAGCAGAACUACAGCAUCACUAAACAGAACAGCUGGAAGGAGGAAACAUCGUCAUCGUCAUCCUCCCCACUGCCGCACAAAUCAGAGGCAAACCUCAGCUCCUUCGUGGAGGACUCUUCUCAGCAGGGGCUGAAGAACUCCAACUCUUUGAGCUCCAACAUGAACACAAGUUUAAGCGAAGAGAUAAGAGCAGAGAGCGUCCUGAAGGUAGAACCCUACAACUACAUCAUCAACGAAGAAGAGAAGUGCCUGAAAGACGAUCCGUUCUUAGUGUUGCUGAUCGCAGUUAAGCCGCAGUACGUCGAAGCGAGGGACGCCAUCAGGCAGACGUGGGGGAACGAAAGCGUGGCUGGGGGUUUGGGAUUUGUGCGGCUGUUCCUGUUGGGAGUAAUGGAAGGCGACCAAGGUCUCAGCAGCCAAUUACAGCAGUCCAUCGCCGCAGAGAGCCAACAGCAUCGAGACAUAAUCCAGCAAGAUUACGUAGACUCGUACUACAACCUGACCAUCAAGACGCUGAUGGGAAUGCACUGGGUAGCGACGUACUGCUCGGGCGCCAGUUACGUCAUGAAGACGGACUGCGACAUGUUCGUCAAUACGGAAUACCUCAUCCAAAAACUCCUUAAUCCCAGCGUUCCACCAAGAAAAAAGUACUUUACCGGGUACCUCAUGAGGGGCUACGCUCCAAACAGGAACAAACGCAGCAAGUGGUACAUGUCGCCCAAGCUGUACGCCAGCGAGCGCUACCCUACCUUCUGCUCGGGGACUGGGUACGUCUUCUCGGGCGACAUGGCGGGCUUGAUCUAUCGAGCGUCCUUGAGCAUAAGAAGGCUGCACCUGGAGGACGUUUACGUAGGGCUCUGUCUGGCAAAGCUGAGAAUAGAGCCAAUACCUCCGCCCAACGAAUUCCUCUUCAACCACUGGCGCGUGUCUUACUCUAGCUGCAAAUACAGCCACCUUAUUACCUCUCAUCAGUUCCUCCCGACAGAGUUAAUCAAGUACUGGCAUCACCUGCAGAGUAACAAGCACAACGCCUGCAUCAACACACCCAAGGAAAAGGACAAAGUGCGCAGGCUUCGCCAAAGAAAACUGCUCUGGAGUCGUUCCAGCGGGUGAAAGCUUCAGAAGAUAAACUGUGCACACGAACAUUCCUCAAAAAUGAUCUGUAUUUAACUGAAAGGCAAACGAACUUCACGCAAGUGAGCGAUUUCGCAGAAAGGGACAGGGAAACAUUCAGGCAUCGUAAAAAUGGUUUAAACAUAAAAACAGCCCCUUAUAUUUGAGUUUACAAGCUAAUAAAAUUUAACGAGAGGUCCCAACAAACUAGUUUUAACAUACAGCUCUGGAAAACCAACAAACUGAACUGCUUACGCUUUACACUCCUGGUGCAAAAGUUCAAAGUUAUCCAAAAGCAGUGUGUAAGAAGAACAUGAUGCCAAGAUGCAUGUUAAAAAAGAAAUGCUCUAAAUUUUUUUUUUAAUUUGGGAGAAAUGUUGUCUGUAGUUUAUAGAAUAAAACAACAAUGUUCAUUUUACUCAAACAUAAACCUAUAAAUAGCAAAAUCAGAGAAACUGAUUCAGAAACUCAACUGUUCUCUUCAUUUUUUUCCAGAGCUGUAUAUUAAGUUUAUUUCUCAUGUCCAAAUCGGUUAAACAAGCAAAGCACAUGAGCACACUGUAUUUGCUUAUUGGUGAAACAGCCUGGUUUAAAACGAUCUCUGGGGAAAACAAACCCAAUAAAUCAAGUUGACCACUUUGGAUCUUAAUGGUCAGACAUGCAAAGACAUGCACUGGUUCAGUUAUUUAGACUGAAGUUUGAGUCUGAGGGUGAACUAGGUGUCACAAACUGUAUGCGGACGUCAUAUUGAGGGUUGCCUCCCACUGAUACAAACAAAUUCAGAUUUUAUAUUUUAACAGUUAAGAAAAGCCAGUUUAUACUUGCUUUACUUUACUUUAUAUUUUUUGGUCUAUUUUUAUACAUAAGGUGCAUCGAAUUAUAAGGCACAUUAUGAGACACAAGUAAGGAACAGGGGUGUUGCCGUGUUUUCCUUCUAAUUCAGCAGGUCUGGCGACACUUAAAAAUAAAAUAAAUGAAAAGAAAAGAAAAAAAAUGUAAUCCCUUAAAAACUAUAUAUAUUCUUUUAAAUUAUAAAGAGUGUUGGAUGUUAAUUUACACAGAUUUCCCUCCUUAAAACUGUAAGCUUUGAUUUAGCAUUAGUGGCUAAUUGCUAGGGCUAGCCGCAGUUAGCAGCUAAUGUGCAUGACAGCUAGCCAGGGUUAUCCGCAGGCUGCAGGCUGAUAACUCUAUACGGCAAAAGAGCUAGCGCUUAGCACAGUUAGCGGAUAAUGCUAAUGCUGUAGGAGAACUAAACUGAAACAUUAUACUAAACUGUAUAACUCUGUACUUCAGUGGAGUGGCUUUACUGCUUCUUAAAUACCUGACUGAUAGAAUUCAUACAUAAAAUACACUGGAUUAUAAGGAGCUCUGAUGAUUUUUGGUAAAAUUAAAGGAUUUUAAGUGCACCUUAUAGUACGAAAAA